AUGGAAGGAUACGGUCCACCAAGAUUUGCGUUCGGAGACCAGUGGGAGAUGUAUCAAGAGCGUUUGGAGCAGUACUUUGUAACUGUGGACCUGGAAGAGGAGCGUAAAUCCGCUGUACUUCUGACGUCAAUUUCGCUAGAAGUUUACCAAACCGUGAAGAACAUCUGUCAUCCUGCGAAGCCGAAUGAGAAGUCCUACGUCGAACUAUGCGCUUUGUUGAAGGGAAGAUUCUGUCCGACGAUGGUUACCUACCGGGAGCGAGCUGUAUUCUACAGGGCUCGACAGGAAUCAGGAGAAACUGUUCAAGAAUGGUAUGUUCGAUUGAAGAAGUUAUCCCUGAAUUGCGAAUUUGGAGAACAUUUGGACCAUGCACUGAAGGACAUUUUCGUUACGGGACUCCAACCGGGUCCGAUUUUUGAACGUUUGUGUGAAGAAGAAGACUUCGUUCCGUUGGAGAAUAUACUCAGGGUUGCGGCGAAAAAAGAAGCCACGUUGAAAAACCGAGGAGUUCUUGAAGUAAAUAAGAUCAGCGAGAAGAAGUCCAAUUACGGAUCGAAGCCUGCGACCUGCUUUGCCUGCGGUAAGAACAAUCACGAUUUUCGAAGCUGUCAGUACCGCAGCUAUGUGUGCAAGAUUUGCAAGGAAAAAGGUCACAUUGCCGUGGUCUGUCCGAAGAAGCAAAAAGGAAUUUCUGGACGGAAGGAUAGUAACGUCAACCAUUUGGAAGUUAACAACAUUGGUUGCUGCGAUCCCUACUUCGUGAACGUUGCGGUCAAUGGACGAAUCACCAAGUUUGAAAUGGACACAGGAUCACCGAUAACGAUCAUUUCCGAAACAUUCUACCGCAAUCAUUUUGAAGAAUUUCCUUUACAUCCGUUCCGGGGCAAGUUGGUGUUUUAUACCGGAGGAGAAGCUUCACCGAAAGGAGCGUUUGACGCGGUGCUGGUUUACCAGGGUCGACAAGCUUUUGGCCAAGUAGUGGUCAUUGAAGGAGGACGUAAUCCACUGAUUGGACGUGACUUUAUUGGCAAACUUCUGAACUUUCAAAUCAAUAAACUUGACACGGAGUCACCGGAGAAGCAUGAAGAACAGUUGAAUGCAAUUUUGAAUCGUUAUGGAGAAUUGUUUGAUGGAUCAUUGGGAUGCUACAAAUACGCGAAGGUCAAUCUUCAGCUGAAGCCGGAUGUUGAACCAAAGUUUUUCAAACCGAGGAAGAUACCAGUUUCGUUUCAAUCCAAGGUGGAAGAGGAGUUAGAGAACCUGGAGAAGACUGGAAUUAUAACGAAAGCUGAGACUGCUGAAUGGGGAACACCGUUGGUUCCUGUUUUGAAGAAGGACAAAUCUAUUCGCCUGUGCGCUGAUUAUCGGGUCACUGUUAACCCACAUUUGGAGGACAAGCGAUACUCGAUGCCAGUUGUGGAAGAUCUCUUCGAUGCUUUACAAGGCGGUAAGUUGUUUUCGAAGCUAGAUCUGAAGUCAGCGUACAACCAAUUAGAGCUGGAGGAGGAAUCCAGGAGGAUGUUAGCAUGGAGUACCCAUAAAGGAAUUUAUUACGUGAAUCGAUUACCGUUUGGAACCAAGCCUGCCUGCGCGAUUUUUCAAGAAGUUUUGGAGAAGUUGCUACAGGAUUGUCCGGGCUGUGUGAAUUUCCUCGACGAUGUCAUGGUUACCGGCGCAACAGUAAGUGAACACCUUAACAACCUAUCAAGAGUAUUGGAGAAGUUGAUGGAAGCAGGAUUCCGGCUCAACCGUGAAAAGUGUGAAUUUUUCAAACAAAGAAUGCAGUUUUUGGGACACAUUGUUGACGGAGAUGGAUUGCAUAAGGAUCCGGAGAAAGUUCGGGCUAUAAUGGACGUUUCAAGACCUGAAAAUGUAAAAGCGCUGCGAGAAUUUCUCGGAAUGGUAACGUAUUAUGCCAAGUUCAUUCCAAACAUUUCUGUGAUUUUGAGUCCACUAUACCGAUUGCUGAAGAAGGAUGAACGAUACUGUUGGACAUCUGAAUGUGAAGCGGCUUUUGAGACCAUCAAGCAAAUGCUGUGUUCUGAUAACGUUUUGGUUCCGUAUAAUCCAGAUCUACCAGCGGUAUUGAUUACUGAUGCUUCAGGAAAAGGAAUUGGCGCGGUUCUUCUACAAGUGUUUCCGGAUGGAAGUCAGCGACCAGUGACGUUCAUUUCGAGAGUACUGAAGAGUCAUGAGCAAGAGUAUUCACCUUUGGACAUGGAAGCUUUGGCUGUUUACUAUGCUGUACGAAGAUUGAGCGGUUACUUGUUGGGAAGAUCAUUCACCAUUUUGUCGGAUCAUCAACCACUUGUGUCGUUAUUUGGACGAAAAGGUAUUCCGGAUAUGGUGUUCGGCAAGCUGCAACGUUGGGCUGUGUUUCUGGCGAAUUACGAAUAUGAAAUCAAGUACAUCAAAGGAGUUAACAACAAGGUAGCAGAUUUUCUUUCCCGAUCACCAGUUCAAUGUAACCACGAGGACGUUGGAGACGACGAAGUAGUUUUGUUCCUGCAGUACAUAGAAUCCGAGACGAGAUCGUUGGUUGAACGGAAGCAGCUGAUAGUAGAAUCUCGACGUGAUCCUGUUAUUAGCCGUAUUGUGAAUUUUGUCAAGACCGGAUGGCCCAACAAUGUGGAGGAUCCAGACCUGAAGAAGUUUUCUGUUCGGAAGGAUGAGCUCGUUGUUGAAGAAGGAGUGUUGAUGUGGGGCUAUCGCAUUGUGGCGCCUACAAAACUUCGACCGUUUUUGCUUCAAGAGCUACAUUCGACACAUUUGGGUAUCGUCAAAAUGAAAUCGUUGGCGAGAAAUUACUUCUGGUGGCCGAACAUCGAUAAAGACAUUGAAGACAUGGCCGGAUGCAGGUGUGCCGCAGGUCGUCAUUCUUCCAUAUUCAAAAAUAUCCUUUCCACGGACGACGAGUGCGGGCGGUAUUUGAAUGAAAGCAACGGGAACUGCAGUGUCCGCUGUCGCGGUUUGCUACACCGGUUUUGGGACGACCAACGUGGUAAACUAGGUCAUUACGCCCUCAAGCAAUUCUACCAACCGGAUCCAGAGGAUAAAUGCUACCUAAAUCGAACCAUGCGCUGUCUUAAACGAGUUUCUGUGUCCGAUGAAAGUUGCCAACGGGUCGCCCAAUAUGUUCGAUGCUACAAGGAUCAAUAUGGAGAGGAGAAUACUGCAACAGCUCGAUUUAUUCCAUUCACCCCAAUGCAACAGACUCGAAUCCUAAUGGAGUGCGCAGCAAUUCUGGGGAUAUCGGAGGAUUCCAAGAGAGAGGCAGCAAAGACUGGCGGCAAAAUACCGCAAGAAGCAUGUCUGCUUAGGUGCUUCCUGAUUCGGCAGGGGUUGUACAGCGAGGCCGGUGGAUUCGAAUUGGAACGUCUUGAGCUGCAGUGCGGUGGCUACGGAAGCGGCUGGAACCCCGUUGCAAUACAGAAAUGCAUCGCCAAUGUGACAGAUUGUGACAGUUGUACGAAGGUGCAGCGGAUGGCCAAAACCUGUAUCCAAGUGCACUUCAAGGUGUUGCCUCCUCCGAACAGUAAUGUUGAAAACCUAAUUCCGGUUGUAGUAGAGUUUUACAGCAUUGUGGACGUAGUUUGGUCAAUCACAGGUUACCCGGGUCCUCUAGAUAGAACGUAUACUAUAGGCUUCAGUCUUUCUGUUUUCCCCAUGGAAUGCCCAACAGGAGAUCCAGGGCUUGACUUAUUUUUUUGCAACAUGUGAGAUAACGUAAUAAAUGGAUGCUGCC